AUGGAAUCCGUUUCGAGCCUUUUCAGUGACCAAAGUUCACUCAGCAGUGUCCCAUCUGACUUCAAUGAGCAUGAAGCAGAGCAAAUAGUCGAGGUCUACCAGCCCAGGAAUAACCAAGACCUGACAAAAGAUAUACUUUCCAGCUUUCUUCGUUUCUUACCUGCAGAGGGAAGAACGACAUUGGCAAAUUUUAUCGUGAAUACAGGCAAUAAUCACGAAUCACUUUACUCCCUGAGCCAGCACCUCAAAAAUGCCAUUUUAAUACCGAUGCGUGCUAGAGGCGCCACCCCAUCUAUAUCUCCCUCGCCCUUUGAUGACGAAGAGGAAAUAGGGAAUGUGGCGGCUACAAUGGAUGAGUCAGGAAGCCGAAAGGACCAGACUCUCCUCAAGAAAUUGUGCCUUGAACGGGACAAUUACCGUUGUAUGGCUACCGGGAUCAUUGAUAGCGAUGCAGGAACACAGGAGAACCCUGGGCCAAAGGCACCCACAAACCUCUGUCAUAUUAUCCCAUUCUCCUUGGGCAAAUGGAACAAGUCAACUGAACACCAAAUCGCCCAAGUUUGGGCCACAUUGGGGAAAUUAUUCCCGGCUAUUGGGCUUGGACCAGGGGAAGUCAACGAUCCAAAGAAUUUGAUGACAUUGUGGGAUAGCGCACACUCAGCCUUUGCAGCCUUUUCUCUAGCAUUCGAACCGACGGGCGAGCCGAACCAGUAUAGGAUGCUCAUGCUAGGCGAACGGCAUACUGUUUUACUUCUCCACCUCCCGGCGCCUCAGGGCGGUCCUAAUGGACCUCGACUUGUUACCUUCGACAGGCAUGGUGGUACUACCAUCGAUCUCCCAAGCCCUGCACUUCUUCAGAUGCACGCUGCACUUGCAAAAGUAUUGCAUGCAUCGGGAAUGGCGAAAUAUAUGGAAGACCUUGUGAGAGAUGGAGACGAGAUUGGAUGUCUUGCACCAAGUGGUAGAUCGAACUUAUCGGACUUGCUGCUGUUGAAGAUGCUAGGAUCUCGCUGCGAAGCGGUUAAUUAA